CAGCUCCACCUAUAGCACAGAUCUCAUAAAAUGGCCUCCUUGUCGUCUUCUCCCGGUUCUUUACAAGGCAGUGACUCUUCACUGAUUAGCAUAGAUAGGUACGGAUUCAAAGACGUCGAGAUAUACAACGAACAAAGACUGGGGAGUGGGGCCUUUGGUGCAGUCUGUAAAGCAAAGUGUGACCGUCUUCCAUGUGCCGCCAAGUUCCUUCAUCCCACAUUUAGUCUACAAUCAGAUAGCUGGGUUGCUGAAAAGUUUGUGCAGGAAUGCUCCUUCCUCGCCUCUCUCCGUCAUCCACACAUAGUCCAGUUCUUGGGCCUCCAUACGGAUCCUAAAAGUGGGAGCAUUGCCCUCCUACUGGAACUAAUGGACGAGAACAUGACUACCUUCCUUCAAAAAAGGGCUGAUCAACUCUUACCCCUUCACCUUCUGCUGGAUUUUGCACACGACAUUACGCUAGCAAUGCUCUACCUUCACAAUAAUGGGAUCGUUCAUCGUGACCUCUCCAGCAACAACGUUCUCUUGCUUGGUCAACGCCUAGCAAAGGUCGGGGAUUUCGGAAUGUCAAAGCUCCUUUUUGGCACGAAGUGUGACUCCUUUCUCCCUCGUAGUAUUUCCCUCACUCAGGUACCCGGUUGUCCUGUGUACAUGCCUCCUGAGGCGUGGCUCACGCCACCCGUGUAUACUGAAAAGCUAGACAUGUUUUCGAUGGGCGUUCUCUUUCUUCAAAUGGUGACUUGUCGGGAACCUAAUCCAGGAGUACAGGAGUUACUUGUAGAGGAUGACCGAUCACCCACUGGCUUUAUGAAACUACCAGUUUCUGAAUAUGACAGACGCAAAGACGACAUUUCUUUCCUUCCUCUUAAUCAUCCUCUAAAAGAGACAAUCCUACAGUGCCUAGAGGAUAAGCAGAAGCUAAGGCCAAGCACAACAGAACUCUGCCAGAUAUUGGAGGACUUGAAGACUUCUGAUGCUUACAGAGAGAGUAAAGAUAAUAGCAGUAGUAAUUUCCAAGAGAAGUUGAUUGAUCUAUCAAAGAAGAGACUAAAAGAGGAAGAGGAGGAGAGAGAAUUGGAGUUUAGAAUAACACGCGAUAAAGUGGCUCAUUUAGAAGAGCAACUGCAUACAGUCCAGGAACAGCUGCUAGAGAAAGAAAAGGAGUGCAGUGAACUUUUGAAAGAAAAGGCAAAGUGGGAGUCCAAAAAAGAAUCAGAGAAUAAAACGACUCCAAUGACAAUUGAUUCACUCAGUCCUGAAGUGUUACAAGUUAUAUCAUAUGAUAGGAAAUCCCACGUAUUUAACUUGGCCUACAAGCCGAAACAGGGCCAGGUAUUAUUCUACACUACAGACACAGAUGAAGGUGACAGACAGUCCAUGCGGGUUUUUCUUCAAGUUUAUCAACAUUUUUUCAACUCUGGCGAACUGAGGGUCGACUUUGUUCACAUUCCAGCCUCAUUCCCUGUCUCAAAGAUCAACAAGCUCUUGUCAGUUUUUCACAAAAGACCGGAGCCCAGUUGCUAUGAACACAUGGAACUCUCCGGUGUUAUAAAAAUCAUUUCUAAAACACCAUCUAUUCACAGUUCAAACAUGAAGCUUCUAAAAGAGGCGUUAAGUUUGAUAAAAGACAUGGGAGGCGGAAGGAAAUUAACAUUGAAAAAAGGCGACAUUACAGUUGAAGAUGUAUCGAUUAUUGUUAGUGCUGCAAAUUGCUCGUUGAAACACACCUGGGGCAUAUCUGCAGCCAUUAAUGUAGCAAGUGGUUUUGAGGUUCAGAAACAUUGUGACGAGUACAUUUCAAAGUACGGAGCUAUUGAUCUUGGAUCUGUAGCAUGUACUAAGGCCGGAGGGUCUCUAAAGUGCAGCUGGAUUUUACAUGCAACCGGUCCUGCUGGUUUAUUUAUUGACAAUGACGAGAUGGAUGCAGACACAGUGAAAGAAAUGAUGUCACUAACUCAUAAAAUAUUAAAGAAGGCCGAAAAACUAGAAGUCAAAUCCAUAGCUAUUCCUGCGAUCAGUACAGGUAGUCUGAUGCUUGAUCCUUCUACUUGUGCUUCUGGUAUAUUUAGGGGUGUGACAAGCUUCAAUUUCUCCUCCUCUUCCCUACUGACUGAUAUUAGAGUUAUCGUUUUGAAGGAAAAUAUUUUUCUCAACUUUGUGGAAUGUUUUUUAAAUCUCUCAUCUGUUGAACCAUUUGCACUGUCUUCUAGAAAAAAAUGUAAGAAUUUAAGUCCAAAACCAUUUAGAUCUGGGAGCCAACCUGCUCCUGUUUUAGAUUCCAAUAAUUCUUCAGAUCACGGAGUAACAAGCGACUCGUGCAAACCAAGCUAGUUUUGAUUUUCUUUAUCAUUUUCAGUUGUCAUACAUUUCAAUCUCACACAUCAAAUGUGUUUGGUCAGUUUUAUUUUUGUGAUGUUUAUUUAUUUUUAUUGUCAAUAUUUGUUGCCCUUUUUUCAAUUUUCAGUUACCAUUCUAUCA